GAGCAUUCGUCGAGGAGCGUUCGUCCUUCGAAGACGGCUCUAAUGGAGAGUCUACGUCCACUAUGGAGGUGCAAUUACCCCGGCGCUCACGGCAGCGGGACAUUCGGGAGAUGGCCGACGUGACAGCGCACGGACGCUUGGACUACCUGUGGGCGGCUGCUGUGGCGGAAAACGACCUGGUAUUUAGGACGUCUUCGUCUAAGGCGAUGCAAGCGUUUGUGGAUGCAGUCGCCGCAUUCGGGAAGGCCUACACCUUACCUUCGGCAUACAAGGUGGCGGGCCCACUUGUCAAGUUGAAGCUCGACACGGAGGAGCUCAUCAAGCCAAUCAAAGAGAGUUGGCCGAGAAGCGGAUGCACCCUCACGAUGGACGGUUGGACGUGCCUCAAAAGCCGGGGCAUGAUUUGCGUCAUCGCCCAAAACGACACCGCGCCGGUGAUUGUGGACUGCGUCGACUCCAAAACCGCGAAGAAAACUGGAGAGUACCUCGCGAAGCUCAUCCAACAUGAGAUUUGCGAGGUGGGGGACAGCCAUGUUGUCCAAGUCGUCAUGGACAACGCGGCUAACAACAAGCGCGCGGCAAACUUGCUCAAGGACAAGUACCCGCAAGUCUUCUUCACCAAUUGUGCGGCCCACGUCUUGGACCUCAUGCUUCACGAUAUGGGGAAGGUCAAGGCGGUGAAGAGGGUCCUCAACCAGGUGCAUCGGGUUGUGAUGAUGGUCAAGGGGAGUGCCUCGGCCGUCACACUUUUCCGUGAGUUGUUUAGCAAGCUAGCGCUUGUCCGCCCUGGUGCUACUCGUUUUGGAACGCAAGUGAUCAUGAUCGAGCGUUUCCUUGAGGUUAAGAAGGCAUUGAAGGAGAUGGUGAUUAGUGAGGAGUGGAAAAGUGUAGCGGUGGCGAACACGGAGGAGGGGCAGGCUAUACGUGGUCUCCUCUUGGAGGAGACGUUUUGGGACUCCGUCACGGCCAUUCUCGGCCUCAUGAAGCCCAUCUACGAGGUGCUACGCAUCAUUGACCGGCGGUCCCUUGUGAUGGGGAGCGUCUACGGCCUCAUGCUUGAGGCUACGGUCAAGACCAACGAAGCGGCAACGAAGGCGGCCACCAUGGCUUCCACUCUUACAGCAACCACUUCUCGUACGCCACCCUCAGAGUCUCCUAAUAGUUCCGCUGGUGGGACCUCUUCUAGUACGUCUUUGGUCUGCAUGGACAGCAAGCACGCUGUCUACCGUCACUUCAAGGUGCCGGCCAAUAGCGUUGGCGAGAACGGCACCAAGGUGUGUGCCUACUGCAACUUCACGUUUGUUGGCGGGGUUCACCGUUGCGCGCAGCAUAUCACCAGCUGGAACGGCAUGCGCCGUCGCGAAGUGCAUCUCUGCACUGCAGCGCCAAAGACUGCACGUGACGCCGUGAAGGCGCUUUACGAGUCCAAGUUGAAGGCCCGUGAAGCGAAGCGUGCGGCUGAAAUUGCGGCGGUCGGCGCAGUCAACGGCAGAGGUUCGGACAAGAAGAAGAGUCGGAUGUCCGACUUCUACGGCGACGACGCCGCGUGCGCGAACCAAGCUGCGGACGAGGCCAUAAGCCUCUUCUUUGCCGCUCUUCAUGUGCCGGAGCAUCACGCGGACCACCCACUGUGGCGGAAUGUGGUCUCCAGCAUCCAGCGCGCGGGGCCGAAUUACGUCGCGUCGAAGAGACGCUACAUCGGUGGCGCCGGUCUUGCAAAGUGUCGCCAGCGCAUUGAGGCGGCGCUCGCUCCUAUCUCAGCAAGCUGGCGCCGUGACGGUGUCACCGUGGCAAGCGACAUGUUCUCCGACAAGGCCGACCGCCCGCAAGCCAACGUGCUCCUCAUCAACGAUAGCGGUGCGGUGUUUGUGGAGUCGAUCGACACGAAGAUGGAGAUGAAGACCGGGGGCUACAUCGCGGGCAUCUUGCGGCCCAUCAUCGAAAAGGUCGGCCCCGAGAAUGUCGUCGCCUUGUGUUUUGACGGCGGCUCCAACUAUGCGGCGGCAUGCAGGGUGUUGAUGCGCGAGUAUCCCGACAUUGAACACAUCCCUUGCGCGACCCAUGUCCUCGAUCUCCUGAUGGAGGACAUCGGGAAAAAGGGAUGGGCGAAGGACAUCGUCAUGCGCGGGGACACCCUCAUCUCGUUCGUCCGCAACCAUCACUUCACCCGGGGAUACAUGCGGAGUCCGCUCGUGAACGGCGGCAAGGGGAAACAGGUUCUCAAGCCCGCGGGAACCCGAUUCGGCACCAACUACAUCGCCAUCAACCGCCUCUGUGAAGUGCGCGCCGGCCUGACGCAGAUGGUCCUUAGCGAUGAGUGGGCCGAGUGGACUGCGGCUGUAGACAGGGCUGGGGCAGACACAUUCAAAGACAACAUCCUCGAUGCAGCGUGGUGGACGCGCGCCGAGUUCUUCACUAAGCUGAUGAGGCUGCCAUUCGUCGUCAUGAUGGGUCGUCUCUACGACCUCAUGCUCCAGCUCACCGAGGACAUCCGCGACUUCCUCGACGAGCAUGCGGAAGGGGUCCUGACAAGCGACGAGGUGGGGGAUAUUCGGGAGAUCGUGCAGGACCGCUGGGACAACGGGUUGGCGUGCAACCUGCACGUGAUUGGCCGCAUCCUCUACCCCACCAACCAGGAAGAGUGCAUUUUCCGCACCGACCUGGAGUGCACGAGGGUCUUCAAGCAGUACGUCUCCAAGCACAAUGGUGACAAGACGGUCACCAGGAAGGACGGGGUCGAGCGCCGCGCCUCUCUCGUCAUCCAGGAAGGCCUCAAUGCCUUCCUGAACCUCCAAGGCAGCUUCGGCAUGCCCGACGCUAUUGCCGACCGCCAGGCAGUGAAGGAGGGCAAGAUGACGGCGGUGGACUGGUGGACAUGGCACGGGACCGAUCAUCCUGAGCUCACCACCAUGGCUUGCCGCGCCAUCACGCAGCCGGUGUCUGCGUCUCCAUGUGAGCGUAACUGGGCGAAGUUUGAUGCAGUGCAUACGGCAAGGAGGAACCGCCUCGGCGCGGUGAAGCUUCGUGACCUGGUGUAUGUGACGCACAAUUGGCAGGUGGUGCACAACUGGCACAAGGCCCCUGAAGGGCUGGGGGUGGUGAAAGGAAACAUCGAGGACCCCCCCACUCCGGCUGGCUAUAACGUCCCGGAGGAGGUGGAGGAACCUGAGGAGGGCGAGGAUGAUGUGAUGGCAGAUGAGUACUAG